AUGUCUAGUUCAAAUGCCAUAGAAGGAGAGAUGGAAGAAACCGAAAAUUCCCAAGAGAAUGAAGAAAGGGAAACAUCGGCUUCUUCUUCAUCUCUUCCAUUGCAAUUAUGCUACAGAGAUUUGCCUGAUUACCUUCAAAACUGCUUAAUGUAUUGUUGCAUCCUCCCUGAUGGCAUUUCCAAAGGGAAACUUAUUCGGUUGCUUGUGGCCCAAGGACUGAUACAAGAAAAAGCAGGGCAUGUUAUGGAGGAUGUAGCAGAAGAAAAUAUAUCCGAAUUGAUCAGCCAGGGAAUGCUUCAACUCAAGGAGCAACAUUCUAGUGUAAGGACUAGAUUACAGGUCCCCUCUCCUGUUCGAAAAUUUUGUGUUCAACAAAUGGAGGAAGGAGAUGUUGCAACCUUUCGGGCUUUUGUUUGUUCAGACAUCACAGAACAGUUAGCCCACUUGAAUAAUCAUCAACCUACUUCUUUAUUCCUGCUCGGGAAAAAUCUUUCUCAAGACGAUGGUAACUGGCUCAAGUUUAAUGGUGCAAACUCUUUAAGAGUGCUAGAUCUUGAGCGUACCAAAAUCAAAAGGUUACCAGAUGAAGUGGGAGAUCUGAUAAGCCUCAUCUAUCUUGGCUUGAACCACACUGAUAUAGAAGAGCUUCCAGAGGGACUCGGCAGAUUAAAAGCCCUACAAACUUUCGAUAUCAGAUGGUGUGGGCAUUUAACAGCCUUGCCAGACCAGAUACUCAAUCUUGUCAGGUUGAGGCACCUCAAAAUGUACAAGAACCAGUUCCAAAAUGUUCAGGGGGUGAAGCUACCUCCAGGAAUAGGAGGAAGCUUCACAAAUCUUCUGACCCUUACAGGUGUACAUGCUGGUGGUGGAAUUGCAGAAGAAUUAGGUAACCUGAUACAGCUCAGAAGACUUGGAGUGAUGGAUGUGGCUGAAGAGAAUAUCAGUGAGCUACUUGCCUCCAUAACUAAGAUGCCUGGACUUCUUUCCUUGUCUCUAGAAUCAAUUCACACCUUCAACGAGGGAAAACUUGUCCUCCUGGAUUCAUUCUCGCCCCCACCAUUUCUUCAAAAGCUUCGCCUGGAAGGUGUCCUAGAAAAGCUACCUUCUUGGUUUGGUUCCUUGGAAAGGCUAACAAACUUGAGAUUAGGAUUCUCUCACAUGCCUGAGAACCAGUUUUCGGUACUUCAACUGCUACCCAACUUGAAAAAUCUAAGCCUUUGGCAUGCUUAUGAUGGAAAACAAAUAGGAAAAGAGUUCUGUAGCGCUGGUGGGUUUUCCAAGCUCGAGGAACUCACCAUUGCUUCUCGUGUUCUUGAGGAGUGGACAGAACUUGAAGAGGGAGCACUACCUAGCUUGAAAUACCUCUACGUACGCAAUUGUCUGAGGCUGAGGAUGUUACCUGAAGGCUUGCAGUUCCUCACAACACUGCAGCGUUUGGAUUUGCUGCCUUUGCUGCAUGAUCAUGCAGAGCGUCUGAAACCUGAUGGUGGAGAAGAAAACUACAAAAUUAGCCACAUUCCAAUGAUUAGAUUGAUGACCACGUCUAUGGUGGAAGAAGUCGUUAAAGCUCAGGGAGAGUGA